UAAUAAAAAUGAAUCUGAAGAGCCAGGGAGGUGCCUACACAAGUUUUUCAAAAAGAGCUCCUCUGCUGAACAAUACAGACAGGAGCUUGCUGGAAAGGUAAAGAGUUUAAGGAGACUUAUAGGACUCUUCAUGACGAAUCAUUUGAGAAAUUGGAAAGAACGAUUCUGAAUCCCAACCAAACUGAAGGUAAUAUUGAGGGUGAAGGCAAACAGGAUAUCCCCUUGAUUGAGAAAAUAACUCUUGGUCCUAUUGAGAAAUACCAAAUGUGGAAUAGGUAUCCUUGGAAAAUGCUAAUCCAUAUUUUACUCAUUGUGAUGACCACUCUUCAAGUCUUGGUUACAAUACAGGCAGAUACUAGCUAUUCCCGGACCCAGUCAAGAGUCAUGGACAGGAUUUUUCUAACACCUGAGGGUGAAACUGAUGAUCUGUCCGAUAGAAGAGAGCGGUAUCUUUUCAAUAUAGAAGAACUCCAGAAUUUCAUUAAAAGCUCUGUGGAAAACUAUUACUCACUCAAUGAUAGACUCCUCGAGAACUAUAGCUAUUUCCUUAAUGAAGAGAAUAAGAUCCAAGAGGUCGAAGUAGAUGUAGUAAUGACAGAGGGCAAGACUUAUUCUCUAAAACACAACUAUUUUCACCUUAAUGAGACCCACCUGGGACCCUUUGGACUACCUAAUAAAGAGCUAAAAACAUUCUUAAAAGAUGUGGAAAAGAUAGUCUUAGGUUAUUCUUUUCAAAACGAACUUCCUGAGAAAGCAGCUCCCAAUUUCAACUGAUAUGUCUGGAAUCUUGUCCAGAAGCUAGAUUUUGAAGAUAGAAGCCAUAUCCAGGUCCGAUUGAUGCAUGAAAGAGAUGUCUGAGAAGAUGCAAGAAAGUAUAAUUGGGGAAAUUACUACUGGAUCCAUUACUGAGUCCUACUACUUUCGAUCAUUUCAUUAAUCGCUCAUUGGCAAUACAUUGUAGCUGUUAGUCAAACAUAUGAUAAAUUAAGAUCUAAAUUUGAAAGGAAAAAUCUUAGAAAAAGCCUCUACGAAGGAUUGAACAAGCAGAAAGCAAAAAUCCAAAGAAAGAACAAAGAAUAUAGAAGGCAGCUUAGUGAACUAAGUGGACCUAGUGGCCAUCAGAACAAGUCAGGCUACAUUGGGGAUGCCAAGCCUAAAGGAGAGCGUAGCUUCCUUGAAACCUCAGGAAUCAUUAAUCAGUCUCUCAACAAAUCUCUCCCUGAUGGAAAUGAGCAAUCGAUGGCAGUUAAAUGGAAGCAUUUAUCCAUAAAAGAAAAGAUAAAACUGUUCAAUCCAUGGUGUAUUGGGAUAAUGUUUGCUAAUGUAUUCCAACUUGUAGGAGCUACUUCAGUACUAUUUUCUCAUUCGAUAACACUAUCUUUCAAUGAACUCCUGAUAGGCUUAGGAUGCUUCGGAGCGUGGAUUGGCAUCCUCAGAUUUAUUGACACAGAUACUAAAUUAUACAGUGCUCCGAGAACAAUCAAGACAGCUUUUCCUAUUAUAUUCAGAAUUUUGGUUGGGGUCAUUCCGAUAUUCAUCGGGUUUAGCUUUUUAGGAAUGUGCUUAUUUUGGAGAUCUGACAAAUUCAAAUCUCCUUCAGAUACGUUCUUCAGCCUGUUUGCAAUGAUGUAUGGUGAUGCUAUUAGAGAUAUUUACACAGAUGUCAGCUUUGGAAAACAUCUUGCUGCUAAUUUGUAUUGCUACAGCUUUGUUUUCUUUGCCAUCUGUGUGGUUCAAAAUAUCUUUAUUAUUGUAAUGCAAGAAUCAUAUUUUACCGCAAGAAAAUAUAACCUUGAGGAGGAUUUAUUUGGUAUCCACAAAGAAGCAGAGGAACGAGAAAGUACUAAAUCCGUAGCUGCAGUUGAAGCAAGGCCGAAAACUACAAAAUCCAAACAAACUCUCAUGAAAAUCUUAGAAGAAGACCGAUACAGUAUGGAGAGCUCCAACAAGCUGCCUCGCUCAAAAUCCGGCUUUAUUGAUCAUUGCUACCCUCACAUAACCUCACUCCCUGAGAAGGAAAGGCAGCUAUCCACAAAUCAAACUAAUAACAUUACCACUAAAUCAAAAGAAAUCAUGAGGCUGAUAAAUGAGCUAAAGACCCACGUUCAGCAAGAAAUUAAAUCUAACCCUUCAAACAAAAAAGAGAUCAAGAAAAACUUCGAUGAUGCCAUAAAGAAGAUCAAGGACAAAAUAACUCAAUCCUGAAAUUUGAUUAAUAUCUCUUAAAUGACUCUCCCUCUAAAUAUCCUUCUGCUAAUUAAGAAAAUCCUAGCAAUCUACAAAAUAAACCCCUACAAUCUUCACUAACCUCAACCCAAUCAUCUC